AUGGCUGACACCACUGCUCUGGGCCCUCCAGCACCGAGCCAGGGUCCUAUUACCCCGCGCAAAGGUCCCCCCAAGUUCAAACAGAGACAGACCCGGCAGUUCAAGAGCAAGCCUCCCAAGAAAGGCGUGAAAGGGUUUGGAGAUGACAUCCCAGGCAUGGAGGGGCUAGGAACAGACAUCACAGUGAUCUGUCCCUGGGAAGCAUUCAGCCACCUGGAACUGCACGAACUCGCUCAGUUCGGGAUUAUAUGAAGAGUCCAGAGGCUCAGCUUCUCUCAAGAGCAUCUGCUAUGGAUGUUUUUACAUCUUGAGAGCCAGUAUUUGGAAGGAAUUUCUUUGACAUAUAUGGUCA